AUGUCUCGUUUGGUGAUCUGGUUGGAGGCCCAUUCUGUUCCAAGAUACGUGAUAACUCCGCAGCUGGAAGCAGAUGCCAAUUCAAACGGAUCUGUUCCGUUGAGUAACAGUUUUCCUUGUUUGAUGAGCUUUUGGCCAGCCAAGACCCUCAACAAGGUGGACUUUCCGGCUCCGUUCGGACCAACAAGCAGAACUCUGGACCUUGGCUUGAUGUCCAGAUUGACAUCAAAUAGUCCAAUUUUGUUGGUUGGAAAGGUGUAG